AUGAAUCUGGUGAUUGUACAACCUGUCUCGCAGUUUUAUCAAGUGUUUGAUGACCAGGAUGCCCAAUCCCAAACCGCCAUUCCAAAUUUUCUCAGUGCCAGUAAAGACCAUGCAUUGCACAGUAUCAAUGCUGAUGAUGUACUUAUUCUACAAUGUCUAGACUCGGAUACCUUUCAGAAUAUUACUGCCAAGAAAGUCGAAACAUUUUCAGCCAGCAAUGGUGUUGAAAAUAGGCUCAAUGGCGAGGCACUAGUAAGCAACAGUCAAGGUUUGAAAGAAAUGACAGAUGCUCAAAGUACUCUAGAUUUGGCAAAAUCCUCUCUCGAGCCUGACAGCCAACCCAUCACAAUUCCGCCGCUUGUUCAAUCGUUCUGUGACUUUGUGCUGCAUUUUCUUCCCACAUUGGUGGAUGCAGAUGCUUCACAAGAGUAUUUAAGCGGAAUCAAUUUGCAUGUUAUUUUGUCUUUAUUGAGAAAAGUGGCUGUCGCUACACGCACAGAUGUUCUCUUUUUGAUCAUGCAUUAUACAUCUCUGGUCGUUGAUAUUUUCAAUGACGAGUGCGAUCUUGCUGCACUCUCGUCAGCAACAUCAAAAUCUCCCGAAUCACCACAUAACAUUGAUGAAUCAAAACCGCUUCAAGAUCGAUAUGCGCGAGACUUGCUCAUUUGGCAAGGCAUAUACUGCCAUCAACUUUCUGAAAUCUCGUUUAAUCCAGCCAGGCCUUUGGUUAAAACCCCGACUUUGGAUGAAGCACGCAUGCACAAGGCACUACGAUUUAUUAACGUUAUACGAACCACUUUUCGAUCUGCAUUCAAGGCAGUACAUCAUAUCCACAAAUCAAAAGUUGCAGAAACCGAGUCAAAAUCUAAUAAGCAUGCAACCAAUUCAAAUGGGUCGGACAUUUCUUCUGUUCCAAUUUACUGGCAACAAAUUGCUCACUCGCCAUCUUAUCACGAUUUACCAUCUGCGUAUGUGAAUCUCAUGAAUUUAGUCCCUAUGCUUAUUGCAUAUAUUCUUGACAACAUUCUUGAUCAUAUGGGUCGGCUGCGUAAAAUAUGUUUAAUUGUAUCUAAACUGCCUGUAUCAUUUAUAAUCAUUUCACUUCGAUUUGUUAAUCCUGCACCACUUAUUGAACGAGUUUUAAGGCUAUUCCUAUGGCAGCCGACACGGGACAUUUACUCAUUGCUUCAAAAGCUUGGUGCUCACUUGUGCGAUUUUGAAUCUACAACUGCAGAACUAAAGCAUUACCAUCAUUUGAUUGGCAGUCGCCGAGCAUCAUUAAUUGAGCUUGCCUUGUCUACAUCCAAACUAGUAAGCUUAGGGUCCAUGUCAUCUCUCCGAUUCGUUUUAAAAGAAUACGGAGUCGAUCAUCCUACUUUAAACGAACUCAGGUAUGCAGCUGUAUAUAUUCGCAAGAGGGAAAAAAAGGAGUUUAUUGAUGCGCUGGCUGAACCAGAAACUGCUCAACUGGUGAUACACUUGGCUCGUAUUUUCCCCAUGAUUUUAGACGAUUUCCAAAAAUACGGCGAUCUGGCGUCUAUUGUUGGCAAAUUCUUUGAAGCACUCAAAACAACAACUGUUGCCCUACAACGAUAUGGUGAUUACGCGUCUCGGAAUGAAGAUAUUGUAGCACCACAGACUUCUCACACGCAUCAUCGUCGACCAUUUCACUAUAAGCCCCACUGCCGAUCUGCCACACACAAAUACGACGAAGCAUUUGAUCAAUUGAAUCAAGAUGUAGUGAAUGAUAUUGAAACUGCAUGGCAAGGGUUUCUUCAAACUUUAUUUCCUGUGCUGCACAAGCUUGGAAAGGCAGCAGUGGCUGGGGAAGACUCAAUUCUUAUACGCAUUAUAGACUGGCUUAUGAACAGUAUAAUUGGAUAUGUGGCCAAGUAUGACGAUGAGUCGAAUGCGGAGCAUGUCGAAAGUGGUCCAGUACUACUAGAGCGCGUACUUGCUCGGUAUACCGAGGAGGAGAAAGUAGAGUUAUGGAAAGAAGUAGAUGAGAUGUUGGGAAUGGCUUUAAAGGGUGAGGAUCAGCGUUGCUGGCCCCAAUUCCCAAUCAUGAACCAGUCUGCCAUGAAUUAUUUCAAAUCAGAACUAAUUGCUCUAAUGAGCGUAUAA